CCCAGCGCAAAAAUUCUGAGAACCGAACAUGGCUUCCGCCGCACACAUUCACGAGUUGAGCGAGAAGUUACCAUAUGGUGAAGUCUUCCUUCCACCUUCGAGGGACUAUCAAAGAGCAAUCUCCAUCGACCAUUUCCCAAGCCUCGUGCCAAGUGCCGUCGUACUACCUCGCAGCACAAAGGACGUUGUACAGAUCGUGGAUUUCGCGCGCGAAAAAAAAGUUGAUUUAACUGUCAAAAAUGGGGGACAUUCAUUCGCUGGCUACUGCCUCAAUAAUGGCGGCAUCGUUAUCGACCUGAGUGCGAUGAACAACGCUCGCAUCAACAAAGAGGGUACCGAAGUGACGAUUCAGGCUGGGUGCACCUGGAAAGACGUUUAUGCCGUACUUGAUCCGGGGGAUAUAGUUGUGGGCGGGUUAUGCCCAGCUGUUGGCGUAUCCGGUUUCACACUCGCAGGAGGAUGUAGCCCCUUCUCGCGCAGCUAUGGCCUAGGAAUCGAUAACGUUCUUGAGAUGACGAUCGUCACAGCUGCGGGAAAGGUAGUGACGGUCCGACGCGAGGACAUCAGUCCACAGAAGAAGGAUUUGUUUUGGGCUUUACGUGGUGGAGGCGGCGGUAACUUCGGCAUCCUCCUCGAGUUCAAGUCGCGUUGUUCACCAGACGAGGAAGCUCAGAAGGUGUUCCUUGAUAUGGUGGAUACAUUCAACGCCCACGAGUGGCCAGACGAGCUCACUGUCUGGGCAGCCUGGUAUUACGACACGAACAAAGGGCUACUCGGGCGGAUGGCUGUCUACUACAAUGGUAACAUGAGACAGUGUCUGCAAGUGGUCGCUCCCUUGCUUAAGCAUAAACUGGACAAAAGUCUGUCUGGGUUGCAGGAAAUGACGUGGCGCAACUGGGUGGAAAGGCAAAAUAAUUCCAAUCCUUCGGGCAAUAUGCAGUAUCGUCGUUACGUGUCCUUCAUUCUCAAAUCUAUCCCCCGCGGUCUUGCAAAGACGAUCAUCAAGACCAUGGAGGAAUCCAAAAAGCUCCUUGCAAACGAUGGGGGAUACGCUCGCUUCAUGUGGGCCCACGUCGGUGGGGCUACUGCUGGAGUAGGCUCCUCAGACACACCAUUCCCAUGGCGUGACGGUUUAUACAUCACCAGGCUCACGGUCCGAUGGAACAGUCAGAGUAUGGAGAAAAAGGUGAACGACUUCAUUAACGACUACAAGAAACAACUCUCGCCGUUCGCUCUAAAAGAAAAAGCAGCUUUUCUUAAUUUUGUCGAUGGGAGACUCGACAACUGGACAGAGGCGUACUACGACACAAAUUAUCCUCGACUGCAAACCGUCAAGGCCCGAUGGGACCCUGACAACUUCUUUAAGUUCCCGAAAAGCAUUCAACUUCCAACCUCCCAUCACAUAGCUUCAAUUGCUCGAGCAUUCGACUCCCGAGCUUCGCUUCAACUGCACCAGCCUCUGCCCAAUCUGACGGUUCCUUGGAAUCUGACACAGAGUUCGAAUUUUGGUUACCGAGCGUCGCGGUCACGCAAACAGCCCAUUUCGCACUACCAUGCUCUGUCAAUUCCUCUGAUGCUUGUAUAUCGAGAUUUCGGAACAGGCUAA